CGUGCUGCAGAGGCCCUAAUUGAGGGGGGUGUUGAUGUCAAUACACGAGGUCUCGAAGGUCGAACAGUCCUUCAUCUUGCGGCAUCACGGAAAUCUCCCGACAUGGUUCGAAUGCUUCUCAGUAAAGGCGCAAGUACCGACCUCAACUCGGUGAACGCAGAAGGCAUGUCGACUCUUUAUCAAUCGGCUGCCGGUGGGCACAUAGACAUCGUACGGUUUCUCCUGAAUAGUGGCGCUAACCCCUCGAUUCAAACAAUGUUCGGUUGGGCACCUCUUCAUUGGGCGGCUGCUAACGGUCAUCUGGCUUGUGUAAGAGCUUUAUUAACCGCCGGCGCCGACCUCAACCCUAUGUCAGACACAUCAAAAACCCCUUUUGAUAUGGCGACAAGUAGUGGGCAAGAAGAAAUCGCUCACAUUCUGCGCCAAGCUGGGGCGAAGACAGCUGAAGAAGUGCUUGAAGCGACCGCCACGAAAAACCAGAGUGAUACUUUCACAUCCCAGAAGUCCCUUGACAACGGCGAGGACGAGACAAAUAGCAACGUGUCUUCUAGCGAGGAUGAUGAAUUUAGAUUUGUCAGUAUGCUUACGGCUGCGGUGAAUAGCCUUGAGGGCUGGUCAUUUCCUUCAAUGCACAUCAAGAAGAAAGUUGCCGUGUUUCUAGAUCGAGAUCUUGAUGAAGUGAUGAGAGAUUUGGAUAUUGAAGAAUUCGUCACUGAUGAGGACAGAAAUACUUGGAAAGCCAGCCUGGAGCAGGCUAAGAUGACCGAGGGGAUAUCGGCUUUAUUGAAGGACUCUGUGGGCUUGGAGGGCUCUGUCGGAGAGAGGAAGGACGUUGAAGAUGGAAACGUAGCUAUGUGAUUCUUUGCGAAAUUUCCUAUUGAUACUCUUUGCAUCUCUG